AUGAGUCACCCAACAGAGAUGAAGGGGGGACCGUUAGAGGACGAUGAUGCGCAACUGGCGGCCAUGGGCCAUAAGCCAGAGCUGAAGCGUCAAUACUCCAUGUGGUCGAUGCUGGGACUUGCUUUUGCGGUGCUCAAUUCAUGGACUGCUCUUUCUGCUAGCUUGUCGAUUAGUCUCUCAUCCGGAGGAAGCACGAGUGUUAUUUGGGGCCUCGUCACGGCAGGAUUCUGCAACCUGUGCAUUUCUGCCUCCCUCGCGGAAUUCCUUUCUGCUUAUCCCACUGCCGGUGGUCAAUAUCACUGGGUCGCCGUCAUCGCAUGGCCAAAGUGGGUGCCUAUUCUCUCAUGGAUUACUGGUUGGAUUAAUGUCGCGGGUUGGGUCGCCCUCGUGGCUACCAACUCGCUUCUAUCGAGUCAACUCAUCGUUGGAUGUAUUUCGGCCAUGCAUCCCAAUUAUGUUGCGCAGCGAUGGCAUGAAUUCCUCAUUUACAUCGGACUGACACUGGGAGCAUUCGUCAUUAAUGCUUUCAUGAACUCAAUUCUGCCCAUGAUUUACCGCGGUGCCUUCUCUUGGUCCAUCGGUGGAUUCGUGGUUGUCUCCAUUACAGUUCUUGCAUGCGCCUCGCCUGACUUCAACUCGGCCUACUUUGUGUUCUGUAAUUUUGUGAACACCACCGGAUGGCCUGACGGCGUUGCAUGGAUGCUGGGUUUGCUUCAAGGAGGACUUGGUGUCACUGCAUUUGACGCCGUGGUUCACAUGAUUGAGGAGGUUCCAAACCCUUCUAUCGAAGGACCCAAGAUUAUGGUCUCAUGUGUUGGCAUUGGAACCUUCACCGGAGCGAUCUUCUUGAUGGUCCUGCUAUUCGUGGCUGGCGAUAUGGAUACAAUCACUACUUCUGCUGCUGGCCCGAUGCUUCAAAUUUUCAUUGAUGCCACCAAGAAUACCGCUGGUGCAAUCUGUCUUUUGAUGUUACCUCUCGUGUGCCUGAUCCUCGCCAUUCUUAGCGUGAUGACUACCAGCAGUCGCAUGAUUUUCGCUUUCGCUCGCGAUGGCGGUCUUCCUGCUUCUCGUUUCUUUGCCCAGGUUCACCCGACACUCAAGCUUCCCUUGAACGCGCUUCUCUUGACUGUUGUCGUUGUCAUCAUCUUUGGCUGCAUCUUCUUGGGGUCUUCAAGUGCCUUCAACGCUAUCAUUGCCGCCGCCGUUGUGUCUCUUGAUCUAUCCUACGCCAUGCCCAUUCUCGUCAACUGCUUGCAGGGCCGACGAGCCCUCCCGGAGAGGAAGUGGAAGCUUCCUAACUCCGUCGGAUGGUUUGUGGAUAUCAUUUCUCUCACAUACAUCGCCCUCACGACCGUCCUCUUCGUGUUCCCUCCUUCCAAUACUGUUACUGGCAGCAGCAUGAACUAUGCUAUUGCUGCGUUCGCGGUUAUCAUCAUUAUCUCUGUCUUCCAGUGGUUCAUUGAUGGACGCAAGAACUUUACAGGUCCCCGCGUGGAUGUGACCCUUGAUGCGCUGGACACUGAGCCUACUCGCGAGGAGGAGCCUACAGUCCACGAGAAAUAA